AUGGCUUUUGCAAAAUUUGAAGUAGAAAAGUUUGAUGGUCUGAAUAGUUUCAGUCUUUGGCGUAUCAAGACGCGUUCUUUAAUGCGACAACAAGGUUUGGGGAAGAUUUUGCAUGGCAAGGUGCCAUCAUCAAGGGAGGAGCGUUUUAUGUCGCAUGUACCAUACUCUAGUGCGUCUGGGAGCAUCAUCUAUGUUAUGGUGCGCAUUUGUCCAAAUGUUUCAUAUGCAGUCAGUGUUGUUAUUCCUGGUAACGUUUACUGGCUGGCAGUGAAAUGGAUACUCCGUUAUCUAUGGGGUGCUACAGAUGUUGGUUUAGUUUUUGACAGAGACAAUGGUAUUGGUUCCAGUGUCAUUGGGUAUAUUGAUUCAGAUUAUGCUUGCGAUCUGGUUGUGACACGAGGAGAUAUCACAUUUGAGAAAAUUGCCUUUGAGGAAAAUCCAGUGGAUAUAUUAACUAAGCCAGUUCCGGUUCCCAAGUUCAAGAGUUGGAAGAUUCCAUCCACUUUGUUCAAGUGCAAACAAUUGCAAAGUUUACGGUUAUCGUAUAAUAAAUUCACAGGAAGAGUACAUCCGGGAAUUAAGAACUUAACCAUGCUCACAUGGUUAUACCUUAACAACAACAACUUUGGAGGUGCAAUACCAAGUGAAAUUGGAAACUUGACUAUGCUCACAAAAUUAUACCUUGGCAACAACAACUUUGAAGGUGCAAUAUCAAGUGAAAUUGGUAAUCUACAAAACCUUGAGAUCUUCGAUAUCGGUGAAAAUAAAUUUACUGGUCCAAUUCCAUUUGAGAUCUUUAAUAUCUCUACAAUAAGAGAAAUUGAUAUGAAUUUGAAUAACCUCUCGGGCCAUCUUCCAUCAAAUGUAGGCCUCUUCCUUCCAAAUCUUCAGGGUCUUUAUCUUGCAUCAAACAAGCUGGGAGGAACAAUACCUAGCUCUAUCUCCAAUGCUUCACAAAUCAUUAAUCUAGAUUUGGGCUUCAACUCAUUCUCGGGUUUAAUUCCUAAAGAACUUGGUAAUUUAAGGCUCCUCCAAUAUCUCAGCCUAACAGCAAAUAAUUUGACGAUUGAAUCUUCUACUCCAGAGUUCAACUUUUUCUCUUCUUUGUCAAAUUUAAGAUAUCUAAGCACCUUAGGAUUGUCAGAUAAUCCACUGAAUGACAUCCUUCCUAGUUCCAUUGGAAAUCUGUCUACUUCUCUUCAAACACUUCACAUUGUUAAUUGCAAUAUUAAGGGCAACAUUCCUGCAGAUAUAGGCAAUUUAAGCAACUUGAUCAGUUUGCUCCUAAUGGUCAAUGAAUUUUCUGGACCUAUUCCAACUACAGUGGGAAGAUUGCACAAGGUUCAAGCUCUCAAUCUUUCUAGUAAUAGACUAGAAGGUCUCAUCCCAUCUAAUCUUUGUCAUUUGCAGAGCUUGUUUGUAUUGGAUUUAAGUGAUAAUGAGCUUUCUGGACCUAUUCCUGCAUGUGUAAAUAAUCUCACUUUUCUAAGAGGUCUUUACUUAUAUUCCAACAAAUUAACUUCCAUGAUUCCCUUGAGCUUGUGGAGCCUUACAUAUAUCUUGGAGGUUCACCUCUCAUCAAAUUCUCUAAGUGGCCCUCUCUCAUUUGAGAUUGGAAGUUUGAAGGUCUUGAGAGUAUUAGUGUUAUCAGGAAAUCAACUAUCCGGCAAUAUCCCAACAACAAUUGCUAGCCUCAAAGAUAUAGCUAUUCUCUCAUUGGCGCAAAAUCAGUUAGAAGGCUCAAUUCCUAAAUCAUUUGGUGAAUUGAUAAGCUUGGAAUUCUUGGAUCUUUCCAGUAACAAUUUAUCUGAAGAGAUUCCCAAGUCCUUAGAAGCACUAUCAUACCUUAAAUAUCUAAAUGUCUCUUUUAACAGACUACGAGGAAAAGUUCCUAUGAGAGGACCAUUUGUAAACUUCUCUGCUGCAUCAUUUAUAUCAAAUGAUGGACUUUGUGGUCCUCCUCGACUGCAAGUUCCCCCAUGUAAAGAAGGUGCUUCUCGACCAAAAAACACUGCAAGAUCAUGUAUACUAAAGUAUAUAUUACAAACAAUUGGGUUAACAAUACUUGUAGUUGCUAUUGUAUUAUUCUGGACAAGAUGCAGAAAAAGGAAUUCAAAACUUCCACUGGAGAUAACCUUGUUACCACUAGUGACAUGGAGAAUAAUUUCCCAACAAGAACUUUUACAAGCAACAGAAAGGUUCAGUGCAAACAACUUACUUGGUAAAGGGAGCUUUGGAUCAGUAUACCAAGGGACACUUUCAGAUGGAAUGAUUGUUGCAAUAAAAGUUUUUAACUUGGUAGUAGAAGGGUCAUUCAAGAGUUUUGAAACAGAAUGUGAGGUACUACGCAAUAUUCGACAUCGGAAUCUUGUCAAAAUCAUCAGCACAUGUAGUAACAUGGACUUCAAAGCUUUUGUAUUGGAAUACAUGCCUAAUGGGAACCUAGAGAAGUGGUUGUAUGCUCAAAACUAUUGUUUAAGUAUCUUACAAAGAAUAAAUAUAAUGACCGAUGUCGCAUCAGCACUGGAAUACCUUCAUUAUGGUUAUUCAACACCUAUUGUUCAUUGCGAUUUGAAGCCCAACAAUAUCUUGUUAGAUGAAGAUAUGGUCGCACAUGUUGCUGAUUUUGGCAUUGCCAAAUUGUUAGGUGAUGGGGAUUCUAUGAUGCGAACCAUGACUCUUGCUACAAUUGGGUAUAUGGCACCAGAGUAUGGGUCAGAAGGAAUUGUUUCUACAAGAGGCGAUGUGUAUAGUUAUGGUAUUUUGUUGAUGAAAACUUUCACAAGAAUGAAACCUACUGAUGACAUGUUUGCUGGAGAAAUGAGUUUGAAGUGUUGGAUCGAGAAAUCAUCACGCCUUUCUGCUGCAACUAAUGUAGUCGAUGCCACUUUGUUAAGCACCGGAAGAGAUUAUACUUCUAUAGAAGAUUGCAUAUCAUCCAUAAUGGAGUUGGCGUUGCAUUGUUGUGCAGAGUUAUCUGAACAUAGGAUUAAUGCAAAAGAUAUUUUAAUCACGCUCAACAAGGUCAAAUCGAAAUUUCUAAAAGAUACAGAAGGAAGCUAG